CAGGUUGUUAGCAACAUGAGUGCAGGUUCUGGAUCUUACCUGAUCGAGAGUGUAUCCCCAGCACCCAAUGCCUGGCAUAUAGUUUAAAUGUUCAUUUGGCUACUUGGCUACUGAUUAGAGAACACAAAAUGAAUAACUCAACAAACUCCUCUAAUAAUGGCCUGGCUCUUAGCAGUCCCUAUAAGACAUUUGAAGUGGUGUUUAUUGUCCUUGUGGCUGGAUCCCUCAGUUUGGUGACCAUUAUUGGGAACAUCCUAGUCAUGGUUUCCAUUAAAGUCAACCGCCACCUUCAGACCGUCAACAAUUACUUUUUAUUCAGCUUGGCCUGUGCUGACCUCAUCAUAGGUGUUUUCUCCAUGAACUUGUAUACACUGUACACUGUGAUUGGCUACUGGCCCCUGGGGCCUGUGGUGUGUGACCUGUGGCUAGCCCUGGACUACGUGGUCAGCAACGCCUCCGUUAUGAAUCUGCUCAUCAUCAGCUUUGACAGGUACUUCUGUGUCACAAAACCUCUGACCUACCCAGUCAAGCGGACCACGAAAAUGGCAGGUAUGAUGAUAGCAGCUGCCUGGGUCCUGUCCUUCAUCCUCUGGGCUCCAGCCAUCCUCUUCUGGCAGUUCAUUGUGGGGGUGAGAACUGUGAAGGACGGGGAAUGCUACAUUCAGUUUUUUUCCAACGCUGCCGUCACCUUUGGCACGGCCAUUGCAGCCUUCUAUUUGCCAGUGAUCAUCAUGACUGUGCUCUAUUGGCACAUAUCCCGAGCGAGUAAGAGCAGGAUAAAGAAGGACAAGAAGGAGCCUGUGGCCAACCAAGAUCCAGUGUCUCCAAGUCUGGUCCAAGGAAGGAUUGUGAAACCAAACAACAACAACGUGCCCAGCAGCGACGAUGGCCUGCAGCACAGCAGAAUCCAGAACGGCAAAACCCCCCGAGAUGCUGUGACUGAAAACUGUGUCCAGGGGGAGGAGAAAGAAAGCUCCAAUGACUCCACCUCCGUCAGUGCUGUCGCCUCUAAUAUGAGAGAUGAUGAAAUCACCCAGGAUGAAAACACGGUUUCCACUUCCCUGGGCCAUUCCAAAGAUGAGAACUCUAAGCAAACAUGCAUCAAAAUUGUCACCAAGACCCAAAAAGGUGACUUAUGUACCCCAGCUAAUACCACCGUGGAGCUAGUUGGGUCUUCAGGUCAGAAUGGAGAUGAAAAACAGAAUAUCGUGGCCCGCAAGAUUGUGAAGAUAACUAAGCAGCCUGCAAAGAAGAAACCUCCUCCUUCCCGGGAAAAGAAAGUCACCAGGACAAUCUUAGCAAUUCUGCUGGCUUUCAUCAUCACUUGGGCCCCGUACAAUGUCAUGGUGCUCAUUAACACCUUCUGUGCACCCUGCAUCCCCAACACAGUGUGGACAAUUGGCUACUGGCUCUGUUACAUCAACAGCACCAUCAACCCUGCCUGCUAUGCACUUUGUAAUGCCACCUUCAAGAAAACCUUUAAACACCUUCUUAUGUGUCAUUACAAGAACAUAGGCGCGACGAGGUGAAACAUCUUUGAAAAGGAGGAAGGUGGUCAAGGGGAACUUGGGAAGAAUAAAGGGAUAAAAGAGCUCCUAGUUGUAAAAUCUCUGCCAUUGCACUUUAUAGUCUUAUUAUGGAACGUGCAAUUAAGGAGCCCAACAGGGACACGCUUAUCCUGCUUAUGCUCCAGUUUGAGAAACGUGCACCUUAUAAAUAAACUCUGUCAGUUUAAGAGCAGUGAGACAAUGGAAGAAACAUGUUGGAAUUGUGGAUUUAAAGAAUGAUCUAUGCUUUCUCAUACUGUCUUGAUGAAGGGCUUCUGAAUCUACAAUUCUAUCGAUCUCUGCACAAGAAAAAUAACCUCGCUUCUUUUUUGAUUCUUUUUUUUUCUUUUUUUUUGUUCUCAUGUGUCCAUAUGAGGAUGAAAUGCCACAAUUACAAUCUAACGUGGAGACUUAAACAUAAAGAAAUAGACACUAUACAAUCGGGAGGUGAAGAAGAAAGAAAAUCAGAAAUGGAUGUAGAAAUGGUCUCCAGAGUGUUAAGCAUAUUCUAUUCUUUUGUUAUAGUUUUAUUUGGAGUACUGCAAUGUAAGAAAUGCUUAUUUUUCACCUUUCCCUUUUCCCGCCAUGAAAAGAAAGCAAACAAACAAAAACCCCAACUAGGUCACGCCAUUUUUUUUCCUUGUUAAGGCAUUAGUUUUGGUACUUCCCUAUUCUAAGUUGUGUGUGGGCAAUACCUGCAGGACUUUCACUGAAUCUAGCCAGCCACAAAAAUGGCCACUUCACCCCUCCCCACUGUGCCCUUUUCACUCUUUGGGGUGUAAAAGCCUAUAAUGAUUUAGUUUAUUUAUGAUCCUUUAUAUGAAAUAUUUUAACAAAUCUGGUUGUCUACUAAGGUAGCCUUUUAUUUUAACAAAAUAGCCUACCUAAAAUAUAAACAUAUUUGAUCAACCCAAGUCAUUGUAAAAUUAAGGUUUCAUCAAAUUAAGUAAUGGUCAAACUAGUUGGAGGAAGCUUACUAAGGCCAGAUGAAUUUUGAGAUGAGAAAAUAAAACCCUGGAAGGGCAUUCUGUUUCCACCUGAAACUGCCUGACCUAUGUAUAAAAUCUUAACUUGCAAAACAUGAACUCAAACAGCAGGAAGAGGAUGCUGGAAUCCUAAACAAGAUUAACAUACUCGCAUGGCACCAGUAACUUCUGGGAAUGUCCCAAGAGAAUAAGACCUUCUAUUUCAUGCCUGCUAAAGGAUGAUAUUCAAAUUACUAUGAAGUGAGGUGGUCUAUAACCAACCUAUAAUCCAGAGGAGGAAAUAAAAGGUAAUUCAAAAAUAUUUACUGAAAACCCAUGUUCCAUAUCUCAAAUUGUCUAUUCACCCUAAGAUUAUUUAAAUUCAAAGUUCUUCUAUCAAUAGAAUUAUAGUAAUCUUUGUGAUAGAAAUUUAGUGGAUAACUAAACACAGGCCAAGUGAGCUCAUAGAAUCUGACAGAAUUCUUCUCACACCUCAUUCUAGACCAUAAAAAGUCAUGUCGGGAAUUAUUAUCUAAAUGGUGGCAUUAUACAUGAUCUUGUCCAUGUAGAAACUUUUUAUUUGGUAGUUCAGAUAAAUAUAUGAUUAUAUUAAUUCACAUUUAGCUAGUAGUUAUUUUUAUCCCUCAUAUUUUUCUCUUACACUAUUUGCUAUAGCCUUCCAAUCAGAUUUUCUAGAAAUAGCUCAAUCAAUAGAAACCAAAUUUAUAAAUGCCUUUCCAGAUUUUAUAUCAUGCAUUUUAGAUUUAUGCAUUUUCUGAUAUCUUGUCCAGAAAUAUUAAUGUGAGUUACAUGAUGAAUUUGUCAAUAUUAGACCCUAGGAUUUAUUAGAGUUAUUUUGUAUGGCUUGCCUUAUUGAUGUCAUGUCAAUAACCUGGAGAGUUAAAAAAAAAAAAAAGAAAAGCACAAGGGAAACAACAAAAAAUGUGUAAGUUAGUAAGAAUUAAAUUGCCAACAGUAUGUGUACUUAACUCAUCCUUUAUAAAAAUAACUUCUUGUUUGAAUGACUUCAGCCAUUCCCCCCCAAAAUCUUCUACGUAUAAACUUACAGCAUCAGUUUGUAUAGAUUCCUUUACAAUCACUUCAAUGUAAACUUUCACAUUUUAAAUCUAUAUUUAUUUAUGUUUAUAUUAUUUCUUCAAGUCAAUUAGUCAAUUGAGUGGGAAGAACAUCAAGCCAAUGGGCUCCUUGGUUUCCUGUAAACAAAACAAUCGGAUGCCAAAUAUUUCACUUUUUAAUUCGUUGUCUUGUUAUAAUUUAGAUUUGGCUUUAAUUGGGAUGAAUCCUUUGGAGUCAAGGAUUCAGGAUCCAGGGUCUAAUAGUCUAGCUCACCGUGAGUCAGACUGUCCCCCACUCUCCACUGCUGCUGUCCCCUUCCUUUCCCUCCUGUUCUUGAUCUCCACCACAGCCACCACAACCUUACUGAAUGAGAAACUGUCACGAUAGCAAAAGGAACUGAAGAUAGACUGACACAUCAUUGAACCUUUGUCAACCAGAACCCCAAAAUGGAAGGAAUACUGAAAACGGUAGAUGAUCAGAGAGAGAUGGAGACUGUAAUCAAGGAUUUGUACUAACCAUUGCUGAAUUCACCUAUUUCCGUGGUUCUCAACCAGGGACAAUUCCCUCCCUUCAGGAGACAUUUAGCAAUGUGUAGAGACAUAGAGACAUUUUUGUUUGUCACAACUGGGAGAAAGGCUAUUGGUAUCUACUGGGUAGAGGCCACAGAUGCACUAAACAGAUUGCAAUGCACAGGACAGUCCCUUCAAUCCCCUCCAAAUGAAAAUUAUUUGGCUCAAAAUGUCAUUAGUGCCAAAAUGGAGAAAUUCUUGUCUGUUUUAAGGAAUUUAUAGAGCUUGCCUCCUACUAGUGGGAAAAUAAACCUGUAUUAUUUUUAGACUACCAAUGUAAACUGCUCACAUGUUUGAAAAAGGUAAUACUUACCAAUAAUAUAUCAGAAACACUCACCUGUUGAGUGUGGUUUAUUUAUAAUUCACAGAUUGGGAGCAUGGGCCACAUACAUUAUAUAUAUCUCUAAAAUCGCCAGACCAUGCACAUAGUGCAUUAUUUCCAGCAUCUUAAUGUCAGGUUAUGAUUGCCGUAGAGUCUAAUCAAAUGAGGUUGAAGUAGUUGGCCAUCAAAAUGGUUGCAGUUGAUAUGGUCAGUUUCUGUUGGAGUUGCCAUUUUUCCUUUCAAAAACAUAAAGAGCUUCUUUCAGAGACAGUAUGAUGCAUUUCCUCUGCUUUCACUGGAAAGGUGAGCAUCCAUCAAGUCUAUUUUUUCUCUCCUCGUAGCAAUAAUGUAUAUAUUCCAGAGAGGUCUCAUAAGAAGAGGAGAUUAAGAAUAUGAAAAAUUCCAGUUCGUUUCUUGAAAAGAGACAUGGUUGCCCUUUUACCAAUUCAUCCUUCAUUUAAUGUCAACUCUCAAGUGUUAGGACAAAGUCACCAAUAUCAUAUGUCACAAGGGAUAAGCUUUCUGGUUUGAAAUGUGGAAGCUGAAGUUCUUACACACUCCUGCUGUUUGUCUAUUCACUGUUUUUUAAUCCUGAAGAUCUGACAUUGGGGAAGAUGAGAAUUCAAAAUGAUGGUAACAAUUACUUAGCAAUGCAGUUUACUUUUAUUUUCUCCUACUUAGUUUAUUGAUAGUUGCCACCCCCCAAUUUGAUAAUAUACUUUUCAACAACCAUAGCACUGGUGUCGCAAAUAGAUUAGGAAAGCUCCCAAAGCUGGAUGAAAAUGUGCAAAGUAUAUUUGCAGCAUGUAUAUACAAUACCAUGCCUCUUGAAUAUGCUUCUCUUAAAAGGGUGCACGCUGUAGCAUGAACUGUGUGCGUAUUUAAUGUAGCUUCCUGGAAUAUGCUGUAUGCUUAAUAUAUAUAUUCUAUAAAUAAAAUAAAAUGUACAAUAGAAAUACAUAUUUCUGUAUGCAAAUAAAUAUAUUAUACACAAAAUCUUAAUAUGCAAUAUGGUAUAUGUUGUUUCAGAGGAACAAGAGUAGAUUGUACAUGCCUAAUUUUGAAAGAAAGUAGUAUUUCAUUAGAAGGAAAAGACUAAGAACAGCUGAAACCUUACCCAUACUAAUAUUAAAUAGUUUUAUAAUCUUUGAUAGCAUAGCACUGAUUUUAAAUACAUUUUGGAGAAAUAAAUUAAUAAAUGUUUUGCUAGUAUUACUCCACGGAACAGCAAAUGCUUUAUUCUCCUGUGUCACUGACAGGACUCUGACUAGAAUCUUCCCAG